AUGUCAUCCGAACCACUAUAUCCUGCAUAUUUACCGACCAGGCCGGAUGGGUACGCGCCGACUUUAGAUGUCCCGUAUUUUGAGGCGGACGAACCCGGAACCAGAGCGGAUCCCCUGAAGCAGACCCUCCUCAAAGCCGGUGCAUCCCUCACCAACAUCACACCCAGGAUCGGCACAGAGAUCAGAGGUGUUCAGCUUAGCCAACUCCCUUCCGCGGGACUCGACGAAGUAGCUCUACUCGCAGCCGAAAGGGGCGUUUUAGUUUUCAGAGACCAAGAUUUCGCAGAUGUCGGGUUCCAGAAACAACAAGAUAUCGUGCAAUACUAUGGGCCGCUCCACAAGCACCCCACGAUGGGUUAUCCCGCAGGCACCGGACCAGAGUUCCACGUUGUCUACGCGGAUGAGACUGCAGGAAACCUCCGUACACUACUAGGUCCCCACACAACCUACGACCUCUGGCACGUGGACCAAACCUUCACACCCAACGUGCCAUCGACGACAUUCUUCUGGGUCCUCGAGAUACCCGAGUCCGGGGGCGGGGACACAGCAUUCACGUCCCUAACAGCAGCAUACGAAGCGCUAUCACCCGCAUUCAGACAAUUACUAGGCGGGUUAAGCCUAUACCACACCUCCGCCUCAGUAGGCGAAGUAGCGCGCGUCGGAAUGGAGCGUGCGCUAAAAGAAGCCGUCAGCACGACGCAUCCGCUGGUCAUCAAGCACCCGGUCACGGGCAAGCCUUCAUUAUUCGUAAACCCGACGAUCGCGCGGAAGAUCGAAGGGUUCCUGCCGGAGGAAUCGGAUCACUUGUUGAAGUUCCUGCAUGACCAUAUUAAGAGUCUUGAUUUUAGCUGUCGGGUGAAGUGGGAGAAAGGAACGGUGGUGGUGUGGGAUCAGAGGGCGGCGGCUCAUAGCGCGGUGCCGGAUUUUAAGGAUGGCGAGAGGCGGCACGUGGUGCGUAUUAUCCCCUAUGGGAUUAAGCCUGAGCCGGCUUUUCCAGGGCAGUUUAGCGCGUCUGGAUAG